AUGCCCGUCUACAAACGAUUGGUAGAAGUUGGACGAGUCGCUUUCAUCGCGAAAGGAAAGGACCAAGGCAAGCUUGCCACAAUCGUCAAUGUCAUCGAUGGAAAUCACGUGCUUGUUGAUGGCCCCUCAUCUGGAGUUUCUCGCGGAUCCCGAAACUUGAAAGACCUCCAGUUGACGAAAUUCAAGACCAAUGUGCGCGUCGGACAACGAACCAAGGGCGUCAAGAAGGCUUUCGAUGAGGGGAAGGUUGCCGAUAAGUUCUCACAAACUAAAUGGGCCAAGAAUAUCGUCAACAAGCAAAAGCGCGCCAACCUAACCGAUUUCGAGCGAUUCAAGUUGAUGAGAGCCAAGCAACUGCGCAAUCGUCUUGUCAGGGUUGAGCUUGCUAAAUUGAGGAAAGCCGCCAAGCAC